AUGUCUGCCCAUUCUAGGACCCCGGCUGCUCCGCCGUCUGGACCACGCGCCGCAGCAACGCCCUCGCGUGGAGACUUUGGCGCUAACCGAGGCCGAGGUGGAGGCAGAGGCGAUUUUGGUGGCAGAGGCGACUUUGGUGGCAGAGGUGACUUUGGCGGCCGAGGUGGGUUUAACAGCCCUUCAAUCCGUGGUGGCAGAGGCGGCGCCCCUCCUUCUGGUCCCGGCUACGGUCGGGGCGGCAGCUACGCACUACCCAGCAGAAGCGAAAGCUACGACCGGGAAUCAGAAUACGGCACCCCUCCCACUGGUCCAAGCAACGCCGGCGCUCCCCCAGCUGCACCCCGUCACUCCUUCUCCCAAGCUCCUCCCGCUCCCUUCCGCCAGAGCAGCAAUUCCUCAGCAAACACCUAUCCCCACACCCAACGCUUCGGCCCCAACGGCCAAUCCAUCCCAGACACCGUCUCAAGCAACGGCACGCCCACCGGUCCGCGCGCCUCCUCCUUCCGCCAACCCCACGUUCCAGGUCCGCACCCCGCCCUCCUCGACCUCCCCAAACCCAUCGAAGGCGGCCUCAAAGCCGAGCCCAUCGUCGACCGCACCAAACUCACGAAACUGGAAGAAGAUGCCGAGAGGCUGCGCCGCAUCAUCCACGAGAAGGAGGCGAAGAAGCGCAAGGUUGUGCGCGAGUGGGAUCGCUUGAGCCGCGAAACGGAGCUGGCGGGAAUAAGGUCCCAGGCGGCGGAGGAGGCUUUGCGCAAGGGGAGUGGGGAUGUGGUUUUUGCUGAUGGGGCGGGCGCGGCGUUUUAG